AUGUCUUCUUGGUUAGGAUUUCAACCUACGAUCGAAACUGAAAUUAGACUAGAAGGUGAAGAUGAUCGAAAAUCAGUACAAGUUAAAGUAGAUAAAGAAAGAAAAGAAAGGUGUCCAGUUUAUCUAGAUGGUGAAGGUGUACUUGGUCAAGUAAUCAUUAGAGUACGUGAUGGUAAGGGUAUUAAACAUGAAGGAAUUAAAAUCGAAUUCGUUGGAUCAAUAGAAUUAUUUUAUGAUAGAGGAAACCAUUUCGAAUUUCAUACUUUAACACAUGAAUUAGCAGCACCAGGUGAAUUAAAAUCAAUUCAAACUUAUGAUUUUGAGUUUAAAAAUGUAGAAAAACAAUAUGAAUCUUAUCAAGGGAUUAAUGUGAAACUUAGAUAUUUUAUUCGAGUCACUGUUUCGAGAAGAAUGGCAGAUGUGGUUAAAGAACGUGAUCUAUGGGUCCAUUCUUAUAGAAUGCCACCAGAAAGUAAUAAUUCGAUUAAGAUGGAAGUAGGAAUUGAAGAUUGUUUACAUAUCGAAUUUGAAUAUAAUAAAUCUCGUUAUCAUCUUAAAGAUGUCAUUGUUGGUAAAAUUUAUUUCCUGUUGGUACGUAUCAAGAUUAAACAUAUGGAGCUCUCAAUCAUUCGACGUGAAACAACAGGAGCAGCUCCAAAUCAAUAUAAUGAAUCUGAAACGAUUACGAAAUUUGAAAUUAUGGACGGAGCACCAGUUAGAGGAGAAACGAUACCGAUUCGAUUAUUUUUAGGUGGAUUUGAUUUAACUCCAACUUUUAGAGAUGUGAAUAAAAAGUUUAGUACAAGAUAUUAUCUUAAUUUAGUUUUGAUUGAUGAAGAGAAUCGAAGAUAUUUUAAACAACAAGAGAUCACUGUGUUUAGAUUACCUGAAAAUUGA